GUGGAGGUGAGGCAUGAAACAGUGAAAAGUUUAUCGUAUUUGUUUCGCGCGAUUCAACUCGACGACAAAGUGGCCAAGUCUGAUCGAGCCUCGGUACUGGUCAUCUUCAAAGCAAUCAUGUCACUUUACUGCAGACCAAUACAGCUGGACAGGAACAACUCGGUCGCAACGAAUGCAGAUCCUUAUCGAUACGUUCCUGUGUGUGGACUCGUUCCGUGCCAAGUGAGUUGCAUGCUUUAUUUACUNAUAUUAUCACGACAGUCACGUAUCAGACGUUUGUGUGCAUCGUUGAGUGAAUUCUUAAUGAAUUUCGAUGAGGACAAGUCGAGAAUCGACUCGAAAUUACUAAUGUUGGCUGAGUUUUGUGCUGAACCUUCGAGAGCGAUACACUCUUUCAAACAUUUCGCCGAAUUUUUAUCACGGAACGAUCGAUGUAGACAAUUGAUGAAGAACGUUUUUGGUGAGUCGUCGACGUGUGAGAAAGUGGAAAGUGCUCUGAGUGAAUUGCUGGAGCAGUUACACGAGAGCAAUAGUGGUUUGUCAAAAGAAGAUGCACAAGCGGUACAAAGUGUCUUGGAGAGGGGUGCACCAUUGCAGAUCGAUACAGAGGCGAUUUGCGAUCUGGUGCAGAAAAUAUAUCAGAUUAUGGAGAGAGUGUUGUUAUUCGACGAUUGCGUGUCGGAUGCUCUGGCACGAGCCAACACUCUGCUGCGGGUGAUGGCAGAACAUUUCCCAAAAUGCUUUCAAAAUGAAACGGUGUUGAUGGUGAUCGUGAAAAUACUCGAUUUUGAGGAUAUGACCACGGUGGAGAAUGCGAUGAAGGUGAUAAAACUGGUGUCGCCUCGGGUGGUGGAUGACAGUUCAGCCGAGUUCGUCGCAAACCACAGUCGAAUACUGCGCAUCUGCAAGCGAAUCGCGGCAAACGGCAACCCGCGAGCAGCCAAAUACGCCGUC